GAUUGUAGCAACCCUGGGAUGAGACGAAGAAGAAGCGGUUGCUAAGAUUGUAGCGUACAUGGUAACCAAUUUCUUCAACAGUUACACAAAACAAUGAACUCUUUUGGAUACAAAUACUUAGCGACGAAAGCGUGUAGCGCAAAUGGAAUUGGAUUGUCCCCGUAUUGAUGAGUUGGGUGGAAUUGAGCAGAUACAAUAAUGAGGCGCAUUGGAAGCUAACAUUCUAACCCGCUCGCUCUGCAGAUAAUCAUGAUUUACAAUUAAGAGUUAGCACGGCUUUGGGCUAAAACUGUAGCUUUGCUCCUUGCGGAAUCUUCACAAACACAAUCUAAAGAAAACCAACAUUUUACCAACUGGUGGACAAACGUGCUAACUUGAUACAGAAUAGCGUUGAAUAAUAAUAAGCAAAAAAAAGUUGAGUCGGGUUUGUCGAAACCUAAUCGUGAGUGAAUAGAUUCGUACAAGAGCGAAUGUGUAGUGGUCGAACCUUUUUAAUAUGGAACAGCACAAUACUGUUGUCUUCAACGCCUCAAAAAGAGAGUGCUUUACCACCAGCAGUGGAUACAAAUCCAUGCAGAAGCACAUUCGGACUCAAUGGAAAAUUCAAAGUAUGAAGGAAGAGCUGUCAUCGGACAAACUAAAAGGUGUCAAGUUGUGGAUAACAGCAGGCCCAAGAGAGAAGUUUACAGCAUCAGAGCUGGAAGUUCUGAAACACUACCUGGAUAAUGAAGGAACUGUCCUGGUCAUGCUUGGGGAAGGAGGAGAAAAGAAAUUUGACACAAACAUCAACUUUCUCUUGGAAGAGUUUGGAAUUAUGGUUAACAAUGGUGCAUAUGAAUAUAAUGUUCCUCAUCACUGUUGGUAUUACAAGUACUAUCAUCCCAAGGAAGCACUUGUGUCUGAUGGUGUGUUGAACAGGGAGAUCAGCCGGGCUGCUGGCAAGUCUUUGUCAGGAAUAACUGAAGAUGACAAUGUUGGAAAUAACACACAGGCUCUCUCUUUUGUGUACCCAUAUGGUGCCACACUGAAUGUGAUAAAGCCGGCUGUGGCUGUUCUUUCAACUGGGUCUAUCUGCUUCCCCCUCCAUCGUCCUGUCGUUGCCUUCUAUCAAGGAAAGGAGACGGGUAAACUGGUAGUAGUUGGUUCUUGCCACAUGUUCAGUGAUCAAUUCAUUGACAAAGAGGAGAAUAGUAAAAUCUUGGGUGUUGUGCUCCAAUGGCUCAUGACUGACACUAUUCAGCUGAAUCUGAUUGAUGCAGAAGAUCCAGAGAUCACAGAUUACACCAUGUUGCCACACAUUGGGUGUUUGUCAGAACAACUCACGCAGUACUUCCAAGAGGGUGACGAAAACCCCAGGGACUUCACCUCUCUUCUGGAUGUUUCUUUUUUCAGUUUGUCAACAGACACUUUACCCCAAGUCCUCAGUGUGUAUAAGCACCUUAAUGUCAAAGAUGAGCCACUUCAGCUGAUCGCACCACAGUUUGAGAGCCCCCUCCCUCAAUUGCAACCUGCUGUCUUCCCUCCAAUCUUGAGUGAUUUGUCCCCACCGACGCUGGACCUGUUUGAUUUAGAUGAAGCUUUCUCUUCAGAGAAAGUGCGCUUAGCACAGCUCACCAAUAAAUGUACAGAUGAUGACCUUGAGUUUUAUAUAAGGAAAUGUGGUGAAAUUCUGGGCGUGACUCCCAAGUUGGACAAAGAUCAAAGGGAUGCAAAGCACAUACUGGAACACAUUUUCUUCCAACUUGCAGAGUUCAAGAAACUCAAUCAAGAGCACGAUGCCAACUCAGAGGCACGGUUCAUCCCAUCUUGACUUGGAUUGAACAUUACUUUUAAUAUUCCAGACUUUUUGACAAACACUACCAUUACCAUGCUGCUGAUGUAGGCAUAUUUGUUGUCAGCCGCAACAAGCACAAUAGUGUUUUUGGAUUAUCUUUAUAUUUUAUACGUAUGUAUAUUAAAAUGCUAACAAUAUUGCAAAUAUUAAAGUAAUUAAAGUCAUUGGUACAUUCCAUAAAUCCCGAAGAACAUUUUUUUGUUGAAUAGAUACUUUUCACAAGACGUCAGGAGUCACAUGACUUUUGUUUACGACGCCCACUGGGCAGCAAAACUACAAUACAACUCGCGUUUUUUUGUGAUCUUUUUGUGACUAUUGGCUUGCUUAUAAGCGUGUAACGGCCUUUUCAUCAUGGUAUUUCUUUGUGUGGGUACUGGUUGUUAGAAAUAAACACUUAAGUUAUUGUCUA